AUGACCAUGGAUGAUUUGAAUAAUUCGAUAGGAGAGAAAAAAUUUAAUAAGAAUGCCAAUCCAUUUUAUCCAGCAUCGAUUUCACCCAAAUUUAAUAAUGAAAUAACGUAUUUAAUUAAGAUUGAAAAUUUACCCAAUUGUAUCGAAAAACUGGAAUUUCUAAAAUUAAUAGAAUCAAUAAUAGAGACUAAUUUUGAAGAAAAAAUUGAAUUUGAAAUAUUGAAAUUUACAUCAUAUCAAAUUAUAAUUGAAUUCUUCAAUUAUAAUUAUAUUGUUAAAAUGAUUGAAAUCUUGAAUGGGUACGAAUGGUUAGGGAAAUUUUUAGAAGUUAGACUAUUGAAUGAUUUUAGGAAAAAUUCCAUUAACUCUCCCAAUGAUUCAGUUAUAUCUUCUGAGUCUUCUCUGACAAGUCUGUUAUCAUUGAAUCCUUUUUAUAAUCCGUAUUUCCCCAAUUUCCCCUAUCAAUAUAAUUAUGACGACUAUUCAACUAAUACAUCACUAAAUUAUGGAUCUAGAAAAUCAUCUGAUUCAAAUUCAAAAUCGUUGCCUCCAUUUCUAAUGAAUUUGGUUGGUAAUCAACAAAAGUCCGACGAAAAUUUCAUAAUUGUGGAAGACGACGAAAAAAAUCCAAUAAAAGUUAAUCCAUGUAGAUUAUUUAUUGGUAAUAUACCUUUUAAUUCAACUUGGACUUCAUUAAGAAAUUUUCUUAUAAAUAAACUGAAAAUUUUCGAACCAAAUAAUAAUAUUGAAAUAUUAAGAGUGGAAAUUCCAAUGCAACCAUCUUCAAAUUUAAGUUUAAACAGUUUAAAUCGUUUAAAUAAUUAUCAAUUCUUAUCAAACUAUUCAAAUUCGAAAGAUGCAAAUAAUUCUUUACCUCCAAAACCAAAUGAUGAUUCUAUUUCUACAAGAGGUUUAAGUAGGGGUUUUGCAAUUGUUACCACUGCAAACCAAUCAUCUCUGGAAAAAAUUAUUAAAUAUUUCAAUGAUAUUGAAUUUGAAGGCCGCUCCUUAACAGUUAGAUUUGAUAAAUUCCCAGAAUUUAAUAAUUAUAUUUUACAACAAUUGAAUCCAAUUAAUAAACACCAUUCUUCUGCUCCUCUUCCACCUCCAGUACCCCCACCGCCACCUCCAUUUUCUAGACAUUCUUCGAAUUCAAGUCAAGAAAAUUCAAAUCAUCCUUCAAGUAAAUCUUCAAUUAUAAGUAAUUUGGCUUUUGAAAGAAACCUGAUUCAAAAUAAAAUAUAUUCAUCCAAUUCUUCUUAUGAGAAUACUUCGUCUCCUUCAAACUCUUUUGUUCCUUUCCACCCAAUGUAUAAUAUUUUUUAUCCUUAUCCAAAUCACCCUAAUUUUCUCCAAUAUCAUUAUCCUCCUCCUGCUCCUAUGCAUCCUCCUGCUCCUCCCCCACAUGGCGACUACACUCCAUUUCCUCCAUCCAUUCCAAAUUCAAUCCCCACUAGCGGUCCACCAAAUUCGCUCCCUACUAGCUUACCACCUACACCACCCGUUCCCGUUCCCGUUCCAAUUCCAAUGCCAAUACAAGCACCAGAAACUUCACCCAACGAAAAACGCCGGUCUAAGAAAAGACAUGAAACAAAAGUGUUGGAAGAAAUUGAAGAGAUGUCAAUCAAAGAUGAUAAACUAACCGAUGAUGAAAAGGCAAGAGAACUAAUGAACUCUUUCACCUCAAUUACCUGA